AUGGACGUAGAAGAUAUCGAAGAGGACCCUGAGCUCAGCAUCAUAAAUGAGAAAGAGGUCGACGAGAUGGUGGGUGUACAGGAACAAGGUACUCCAGAACAAGAGGAGAAGUCCACCGUUGCGGAUGCGAAGUCGCCCCGUAUAUGGCCUGACGUGGAUACCGAGCGUGCCAUGAGACAUUACCGAGAGAUCGCAGAGAUCCAAGAGACGUUUGAAGAUGAGGUUGACUAUCUCGACACAACGAUGGUCUCAGAGUACUCGGAGGAAAUUUUUAAAUACAUGAACGACCUCGAAGAUGAUGUGAUGCCAAAUCCUGAUUAUAUGGAUGGUCAGAAUGAAAUCACCUGGGCAAUGCGCCAAACAUUGGUCGACUGGCUCCUCCAAGUGCACCUGCGCUGGCACAUGUUACCGGAAACGCUUUGGAUCGCGAUAAAUAUCGUCGACCGUUUCCUCACGAGACGCGUCGUGUCCCUAGUCAAGCUUCAGCUUGUCGGUGUUACUGCCAUGUUCAUCGCCGCCAAGUACGAAGAAAUCCUCGCUCCCAGUGUCGACGAAUUCGUCUUUAUUACCGAGAAUGGCUAUACGAAAGAGGAGAUCCUCAAGGGCGAGCGCAUCGUGUUGCAAACGCUUGACUUCAAGAUUUCGCAAUACUGCUCACCCUAUAGCUGGAUGCGCCGUAUCAGCAAGGCCGAUAACUAUGACAUUCAGACGAGGACGCUGGGCAAAUUCUUGACGGAGGUGACACUCCUAGAUCACAGAUUCUUGCGGUGUAAACCGAGUCUCAUUGCUGCGGUGGGGAUGUACAGUGCUAGGAGGAUGUUGGGUGGUGAUUGGAAUGAGUCGUUUGUGUUCCACUCUAGCUUCGUCGCGGAGCACCUCGAGCCCGGACACCAAUGGAUAUGCGAGAAGCUACUCGAAGACAACUUCGCGAGCCAGUACGUUUGCCAGAAAUAUGCCAACAAGAAGUUCCUGAAGGCGUCACUCUUUGCAAUCGAGUGGGCGAAAUCGAACGUGGACGAAGCCUAG